CUUCUUGACAACAAGUUCAUCAUAACAUCAUCAUUCGCACACUCAAGUGCGACAUUUUCAGUUCACUACGCAAUUCUCCUUACUAGUGUGCCGUCCUGCCAGAGGGCUACAAUCCGUUCCCUUUCCUACUUCCCUGCCCCCGCCGACCACUUCAUAGAUACUCUCGCACCUUUUGGCUUCGUGAAUCAGUCUACUGCAGCAGUAACCACGGAACAAUUCACUAGCCGCCGGAACCCCACUUUCGUCAUACAGUCACCAUGUCAGUCUCGGACAUCGUUUCCGUAUUGACCAUCCUCAUCAAGGUUGGGUCAGAAAUCAAGACUCGACUCGACUCUCUCAACGAAGCUAGCGAAGACCUUCUACUGCUCACCACCAAUCUUCAAGUUCUGUUGAAGUUAUUUGAGGACACAGAGAACGAGGACAUCAUCAAGACCCACUCGUCAGAGUUUGUGAACAUAGUAGAUAUCCUUCAAAGUAUUGCGCAGUCAUGCACAAGCUUUGCAAAGGCCCUCGGCGUCGAACCUGCUGAAACGACAACUGCGACUCAGAAGACAGGGAUGAAUGUCAAAAAAGUUGUCAAGCGGGUGUGGAAUUUCACUAGGAUUCCUGUCCUUCUCGCCGAAAUUCGGCGUAAGGCCGAACAACUUCAUCACAUAUCUAGCACACUGACUAUUUCAUUUCUCUCCGACAUCCGGAAGCAUCAGAGAAAGUCGAGUGGGAAGGAAAAUCUCAAAUCCUCCGUCGCAAAAAGCACUACUUUGCACGAGAGGUUACUAGACCUGGACCUCAGCACGGAAUUCGCUAACAUCGACUGGAUGGUGGGAAACCUCAUGAACGAAUGCAAACACCUUGAGCAACAGCUCCAGGAGGCCACUCUUUUUCCCGACACGUCGAUUGUUCAAGAUUACCAAGCGCAGAACCCAGAAGGAGCAUCAUUUUGGAAGGAUCGAUUCCAGAAAGGCAGACUUAGCGCCUCAGCUUUUCGCUAUGAGGUAAUGACACUUAAAAGCAACCCCACUCCCUUUCUUCUAUUUGCCAUGUCGCCACAUCAUACUAACAUGUCGCUUUCUCAACAGACGUUUUACGUUUCUUGGGCACGCUUCGUACAUGAGGUAGAAACGUCCUUCACUCUCAAAAUGAUACCGACCGGGAUUUUUGAAACCGGAAACCUUGACCUCGUUAGACUACAAGGGUCUCGUUAUUCUAUCAAUCAAAGUGGCACACGUCGUCUUUCCACCAUCCGGCCUCUCUGGCUCCCGGCUCUUCGAUCUGCUCUCGAUCCGCUGCACAAGGGCUACGUCAAACCUCAAGACUAUUUCAAAUUGAUUCACGACUCUUCCUUGUCCGACACACUGAGAAGUCUGGCCCUCGAAAGCACAGGCUAUGGUACGCUUGUCGAAUGUGAGAGAGCGUCCGGCGAUCUCGCCUUACCGGCGGCAAUCGAGUCUCCUUCUGCUCAUAUCGGGUGGAUAUCUGCUCAAAUCGUGGCCGUUCCAACACCUGAUGAACUUGGAAUCGUCACCGGACGAGAGGUCAUGGAAUCAAGCGGCGAUGACCUCUUCGCUUACUUCAGUGAAACUGCCCGAGACGUUCACGUUCACGUUCGUUACCUCCAAACUGGCCAAAUCGAGCGCAAGAGUAUCUCAAAGCAAGUUCGUCCGAUUGGAGGCAUUUCUGUUGGCGCUGCAUUGUCUAUCCGGCAUGAGCUGGGCUCUGGCGAUCAUGCCUGGAGCUGCGACCUUCACAUCACUGAGUUUAAGGCAUGUCAAGGUGGAGAGUAUAUUAUUGCGGCAUGUGUCGGUUCGACUUCUGUCGUAUUUUCCACGAGGCCUCUCAAGACUUCAUUCGACAAGAUGUUACACAGCAAUGACAACUCCUCAAGUUUCACCAUACCGGAGUUUGACUAUACCCUUCUGGGGCCGUCGAAGGUAUUCAUCCACCCGCCGAAAGUUGGCGAGAAGGUUCAGAUCGAGUACGACGGGCUCUGGUACGAUUCGAGAGUCACGGUAGUGGACGGCGAUGAGAUUGAGUUUGUCGACUGGGAAAAUUUACCAAAAAAAGGCGAAACCAACAUUACACAAGCUCAACACGGCGGCGAAGCAGAUGGGAAAGAUGACAGCAACCUGUUCUUUUCAGAAGAGCAGUUGACACAACUCGGGAAGGGCACGCGGCGACUCUGGCGACCGUGGCGGAGAAACAUCAUCAGGUACGACGUUCGGCCUUAUCGUUGCUUCCAUGUCGGGGACACUAUCGAGGCACCCGUCAUGUACCCGGAUUUUCGAUUUCAUUACCAUGUUACCGACAAUUCGCAACUCUACCUUCCUGCUCGAAUCGUUGACGUCCAAGGUGACCAGUAUGUGGUCGAAUUCAGUCCGGCGUUCUCGGUUCAUAGUUGGUGGCCGGGGAGAAUGCCAAAGGGCAAACAAGUAGACCUAGUACCGGGAUCAGACGUUAAGAUGGAAAACCCGUUCGACUUCAAUCAUGUGACGUUGGCCAUGGAUCGGGUACGUCCUCUCAUCGCAGGACCACGAGCAGUGCUGGGUGUUCAGUCAGCGAAGCCGUCUGGGUGGAGUUCAUUUCAGGGUAUUCAUCUCUGCGAACUUGAGGAUCUUCUGGACGGAAGUCUCUGGAACCAUGACCGCGAUAAUGAGCGAGCGGGUGGCCAGAGAGGCCGGAGCCGAUUCGCGAAUGAGGAAUAGCUGGGUACUCUCGGCAGGUCGUAGAGGCCCGUUUAAGGCAGUGGCCAUCUUGGAUUCGGGUCAAGGCCCUUACACACAGAUUUGCUACGCCUCAAAUCGCGAAUUAUGCAGCUCACAAGACAUUCUUGUUCUCGUUGCUUUCGGAAAUGUGGUGUCCGCGCGUUCAGACUAGGACGCCUCUCCGAGAGAUGUCGGACUAGGACGCCUCUGUUGGGUGCCAGAUCCGGGAACACCUCUCCCAGGCGAUAGAGAAGACUGGG